CAUCAGAGUAGUGGCAGAGGAAAGUUAGCUCGCUAGCUAGGGAAUACCUACCUCAACCGCCUACACUUUUUUUCUGAAAAAAAAAAGAAUACAUUUCUCUUUUUCUUCCAGUUCUUCAUCAUAAUAAAACAUUGACAGGUGUUCAGCGGAUCGCCUUUGUAUCAACAGCAAGCUGAACGUGCCAGGGCUUUGCUCUCUAAAAACGCUAGCGCACUUGAAAAUUGUACUUCCGCAUACAAUGCCAAUGUUCUUUUCCACCAACAAGCGUCAACUUUCGACCGGGAAACCAUAUUAGACGUGUCAACUCAGCUAAUUUAUUUUAAGCCUGGCCUGUAAGGAGCUCAGGGCUCAGUCUUUGCCAUGAGUAUCAUCGGAGCGGAAGAUGAAUUCUUUGAGAAUGACUUGAAACAGACAGUGGAUGACCAGAGCAGUCACUUUAACAGCGUAGAGCUGCUGAAGGAUCGUCCCACUCACCUGCUGGUCUUCCUGCAGCACGUGAUGUUGCAGUUUGACUGUUUGCCCUUGUUAUGCUACCUUCACGCAGACCUCUUAAAGAACCUCAGUGCCAAAGAGACCAAAAAGCAGUUUGUGGAUUUUGUCAACACUUUCCUGGACAAGGGGGCGAUCCUGCGAGUACCGGUGUCAGUGCCCUCCUACGUGUCCAGUGAUUUGGACCGCCCACGUCCAGAGCUCGAGGAUGCUCAGAAGCGCUAUGUCAUGGAUGUGCAGGCCCUGAUGUUGCCUGAGAUCAUGAGGCAACUUGAGGACUUCAGGCAGAAGAGGAUGAUGGGAAUGACGCCCAGCGAGCACGAGCUGAUGGAGGUGGAGAACCACCACCCCACGGAGAGGAUCCCCACGGAGAUGAAGGAGAAGGCUGUGGCCGAGAACCUGCUGGAGAAGCUGUCUGACAUCCAGCCCACAAUCGGCAUGGAAGAGGAGAAAUAUGCCGCCAUCUUCACAGCGGUGGUGUACUACAUGAAGCACCUGGGCGUGAAGAGCCGGACGGCCGACAGCAAGAAGUCCAGGGGCUUUUUCAGGAAAAAGAAUCCCCUGAGGAUAUUUGAAGACUCCACCAAGUCCAAGCAGAGAUUCCCCAACAUCCCCUGGAUAGGGGGCAGUAAUGAUGUCAAACCCAGUAGAUUGGAGAAUGAAGGUGAGAAAGAGAAAGUGGCCCCGCCCUCCCGCAUCGUGGCCCCUGAGCCCACCCCAGCCCCCCCCAUACACAGGAAAUCGGGGGCCAAUGCGGCAAGUCUCCAGGUGCCAGAGAGCAGCGAUGGGCUAGGGGUCAGCAUCGGUCUGACCUCGAGCCCAGACCCCUCCCAGACUGACACUGGCCCAAGCAGCAGUCGCCCCGAUGCCCACCCUGCGACGGAGACGGGGGACCUGUCCCCCGCGGUGCUCAGGCUGUCCGUCUGGGAGCCCCCCCCAACCAACGAAACCCCCCCGGAGGACAGCCAGGACGGAGACAGACGCAAGACAAGGACCGGAGUGCGGCGCAGUGAGAGCAUGCAUGUGGAGAGGCGCCGCUCAAAGCGCGGCUCCGGGCGGGAGAAACAGUCCCGCUCCCGCAGCGACGUGGACCUGCAGGCCGCCUCCUCCAUCGUGCACCCCCUCUCGCCCUCCCCCCACCACGCCUCCUUCUCGGACAGCGGGGCCAGUCCCUUGGAGGGCCCCCUGGCUGCCGCGGGCCUGGCCGCGCCCCAGGAGGAGGUGGAGCCCAGGCUGCUGGAGCUGGAGCAGGACCCGCCCAACUGGAGGGAGCAGGCUUCCAGCGCCACCCUCAGCAACCUGAGCAAGAAGGAGAUCAAGAGGCAGGAGGUCAUCAACGAGCUGUUCAUCACGGAGCACGCCCACGUGCGCAUGCUGAGCGUCCUGCAGAACGUCUUCUUCCGCCCGCUGGAGCGCAAGGAGAUCAUGACCCUCACCGAGCUGGCCGCCAUCUUCCCCAGCCUGGACGAGAUCAUCGACAUGCACUAUAACUUCUAUGACAACCUGAAGAAUCUGCGCCAGGAAGGCGGCUUUAUCGUCAAGGCCGUCGGGAGGACGCUGCUGAACAGGUUCAGCGGGGCGGAGGGAGACUGGUUUCAGAAGCUGACCGCGCGGUUCUGCAGCCACCAAUCCUACGCGCUGGACCAGAUCAAAGGGAGGCAGAAAAAAGACCCGCAGUUCAACGCCUUCAUACAGGAGGCAGAGAGCAAACCGCAGUGCCGGAGGCUUCAGCUGAAGGACAUCAUUCCCAUAGAGAUGCAGAGACUCACCAAGUACCCGCUGCUACUAGAGAACAUUGCCAAAAGCACAGAGAAUAAGGAGGAGAAGGAGAGCGUCCAGCAGGCUGCCGAGUGCUGUCGCAAGAUCCUCAACCACGUCAACGAGGAAGUGAAAGACAUGGAGAACCUGCUGACCCUGAAAGACUACCAGCGCAGGCUGGACACCUCCGGCCUGAAGCCCAGUAAUGACCUGUAUCUAGAAUACAAGAAUAUUGACCUGACCCAGAAGAAGAUGAUCUACGAGGGACCCGUCACCUGGAGGGUCACUAAGGAGAAAGCUCUGGACGUCCAGUGCGUGCUGCUGGGAGACCUGCUGGUGCUGCUGCAGAAGCAGGAUGAUAAGAUGGUGCUGAAGUGUCAGAGUAAGAGCAACACCGGCGUGCAGGAGGGCAAGCAGAUGCUCAGCCCCAUCAUCAAGCUGGACUCUGUUUUCCUCAGGGAGGUGGCCACAGACCGCAAGGCCUUCUACGUGAUCUUCACCUGGGACAGCGGGGCACAGAUCUACGAGUUGGUGGCCCACUCCCCGGUGGAGAUGAAGAACUGGAUGGUGCUGAUCAAGGACGCGGUGUCAGAGCUGAAGCGCUGCGGUGGCUCCAUCCUGGGCAGGAAGAACCUGGUCCUGCCAGGGGCCGCGUACAGCUCCAGCGCUAAUCAGACUUCGAACAGCUCUUCUGAGAAUGGAGGAGUAACUCCGAAACCCAGCGGUGACAGAGACGGGGACAGUCUGUCUGAAGGCAGAGGAGGAGAGUCUCCCCACGUGCUGAUGGAUCAUCUUUUGGCCAACGGUUUCGACCUCAUCGCCCACAGCAACGCCCCGCAGGAGAAGGUGGCCAACGAGGCACUGAAAGACAUUGAGUCCCUGAGGCAGCUGGUGGAUGGAAGUUCUCCGGAUGAGGCACAGUCAGAAGGGACAGCAACGGAGAAGGAUGAAGGGGCGGAGCCAGACUCAGAAAGCUGUCCAAUAGCAGACAAAGAGGAUGGGCCAAAAGGAGACGCAGAGGUUAAGGCGGGACAGGGUGGCGGGACAGGGGCUUCUACUGUGAUAUCCGUGGAGAAGAUGGAGGAGGCACAGAAGCAGCUCAACAGGCUGGAGACACACCUGAGGCAUCUGCAGAGUGUGGAAGAUGAGUACCACAGGUUACAAGAGCUCCUCUCCAAGUUCGUAAUCUCUGGGGCUCACCUCCAGUGA